GGGGGGGGGGGUCGUGAUAAAAGUUUACAUUUGCAGGGUUUGCGUCGCCUUUGUAUAUUAUAACGAAGUUUCAUCAUGUAAUAAUAACCGAAGUUUUAUACGUGUGUUAUACGCAUGCGCGGUUGUUAGCGCAUGCGCGGUACAGACCGUGCCGGCACCCACCACCCUGUCAGUCCCCAAGACUGUUAUUUUUUUAUGAAUGAGAGUGGGCGGAGCUUCUCUUUCGCAAACCAUCUGCUUUUGUAGCCAACAGGGGGCGCGUUUAUAUUUAUAUAUGUGUUCUUCCUCCAUACUGAAGCCAAAACGCAGAAAGCGACGAAGAGGAAUCCAGAUGUUGCUGGGAACUUAUUUAGUUUAAUCAGACACAGAGGGUGUUUCCGGUUUCCGUGUUUACGCGUCCUGGAUCUAAAGAUACAGGAGCACGAGGCAGUGCUAAUCUGAUAUUAGCUUAGCAAAGACGAGCGGCUAGUUCAGGAGGAUUUUUAGGUGUCGCCAGAAAAAAAAACACAACAGCGGCUGACUGUAUAAUAAAAGCCGCUCGUGAGUUGAUGUAAAGGGUUUCCGUGUGUGUGUGUGUGUGUGUGUGUGUGUGUGAGAGAGAGAGAGAGAGAGAGAGAGAGAGAGUGAGUGAGUGAGUGAGAGAGAGAGCUCGAGCGAGUGCGCGCGCGCGCGCAUGCACGGCACAGAGGCUCGCGUCUCCACUCCACCGUCACGCAACUUGGACAAAAUGCCAAGUUUGCUGUUAGUCCUGGAGCUCGCGCUGAGCGUGUGUUAAAUGUCUCCUCUUUUAAACGUGCUGCAGUUUUCCUCGGCUGAUGGUCGCUGAACACGACACUAGUCUAUAAUCCGCCUUUUCGCUUGUAAUUCCUCGACUGAUUAGAUACAGGAAGGUGUGUUUUUAUUGCUGGAAAGGGACCUGAAGGAUGGCUGCCACUUUAUCAGCAGAGGAAGAGCAGGCCACUAAGCAGUUCCUGGAGGAGAUCAAUAAGUGGACAAGUCAGCAUGGAGUCUCUCCCCUGACCUGGGAUGUGGCCGUGAAGUUCCUCAUGGCGCGAAAGUUUGAUGUCCUUCGGGCCAUAGAACUCUUCCACAGCUACAGGGAGACGCGUCUGAGGGAGGGCAUCGUCAAGCUACAGCCCCAGGAAGAGCCACUGCGCUCCGAGCUCCUUAGCGGCAAGUUUACUAUCUUGGGAGUAAGAGACCCCACAGGUGCCUCCAUUGCUCUGUACACAGCAAAGCUGCACCACCCGAAUAAAACGGGCAACCAUGUGGUGCUCCAGGCUCUGUUUUACCUGCUGGACAAAGCGGUCGAGAGUUUCGAGACACAGAGGAACGGCCUGGUCUUCAUCUACGACAUGGCCGGCUCCAACUACACCAACUUCGAGCUGGACCUGAGUAAGAAGAUCCUCAACCUGCUCAAGGGUGCGUUUCCUGCUCGGCUGAAGAAAGUGUUCAUAGUCGGUGCUCCCGUCUGGUUCCGAGUGCCCUACAACCUGCUGAGCCUGCUGCUCAAGGAGAAGCUCAGAGAACGGGUCCAGAUGGUGAAGAUGACCGAUCUACGGCAGCACCUUCCCAGAAACUGCCUGCCUGAGCACCUGGGUGGCUGCUUGCCUCUGGACUUCCAUGGCUGGAACCAGCAGCUGCUAGCCGAGCAGAACGGCCGCGUGGAUCCUGUUGACGAGCUGCUGGGCAUCCCACUGGCAACCUCAGCGGUACACACACCAGGCCCAGACGCUAUGCGACUCCCCGAGUUCACAGCUCACCUUGCUCGGGCGCAGCGGAGCGGAAUUUACCACGAGUAUGAAGAGCUUCGUAAAGAACCGCCCGCCGGAACCUUCCACUGUGCACUGGCUGCCUACAACCAGGAGAAGAAUCGUUAUGGCGAUGUUCUGUGUCUCGAUCAAACCCGUGUACGUUUGAAAGCCAGGAGGAACGAGAGAUCGGACUACAUCAAUGCCAGCUUCAUGGACGGCUACAAACAGAGGAACGCGUACAUCGGAACUCAAGGGCCGCUGGAGAAAACCUAUGACGAUUUUUGGAGAAUGGCGUGGGAGCAAAACGUGCUGGUCAUCGUCAUGACAACGAGGACAGACGAGGGCGGCAGGAAGAAGUGUGGACAGUACUGGCCUCUGCAGGAGGGAGGACAGGAAGUUUAUGGACACAUAGCAGUGGUGAACCAGAGAGUGGACAACCAUUCCCAUUACAAUCAGACCUUUCUAGAGCUGCAUAACACUGAGACGUGUGAGCAGAGGCAGGUGAGCCACUUUCAGUUCCUGAGCUGGCCCGACUACGGAGUUCCCUCCUCGGCGCUCUCUCUGCUCGACUUCCUGAGCACGGUGAAGAGACAGCAGAAGAGGGCAGUGAAGGCUCUGGGCUCGCAGUGGAGAGGUCAUCAUCUGGGUCCACCGAUGGUUGUCCACUGCAGCGCAGGCAUCGGCAGGACUGGUACAUUUUGCGCUUUGGACAUCUGUCUGUCCCAGCUGCAGGACGUUGGGACGCUGAACGUGUGCCAGACGGUGAGGCGCAUGAGAACGCAGCGCGCCUUCAGCAUCCAGACUCCCGAACAGUAUUAUUUCUGCCACACUGCCAUCCUCGAGCACGCCCAGCGUAACGGACAGGCCUCUAAUCAGUGAGAGACAGAGCCUGUCAGCAGCUCGCUUGGUAAUAGGAAUUUUUAAACAUUUGCCACGGACCCCGAACCCCGAACCCCCUUCUCCCCCAAAAAAUAUCUCCCUGACAUAUACACCAAGCACAGUAUUUUUGGACUCUUGUAAAAUUGCUGAUGUGUAAAAAGUGCCACCGCCAUAACAAUCAUAGCCACUGGUGUAUUACCAAGAGGCCUAAAUCUCUGCUGGAUCCAACUGAAGACUCAGUAAGUUUGUGUCUUGUAGCUAAUUAGUAACGCUGUAUGAAUCAGAGAUGUUCACUACGCGGCCAAAUGUUCGUACGUUCUCAAAAAACCAGUAACGUUUAGCUGUAUAAACAAAUGAUGUGUAAAAAAAAAAAAAAAAAAAGUAAAUGUUUUUAUUUACUCUCAGCAAAAAGGCUGCAUUUAUUAAUAUAAAAAAGUAGAGCAUCAGUUUGAAACUCUGUGUAAACCCUGCGGACUCGAGACUUUCGAUCCGCAGCUCAGUUAAGGGACCUGUGCCGAUUUUAUUCCGUCAGAAGAUAUCACCACUGAAUCAGUUCUGAUGCUUCAGAAGAACUCGUCAUCUUCCUCUGGACUACAGUUUCACACUGGACGCAGUGUGUCGAGCCUCUGUCCUGUUAGCGUCCCACAGGCUGAAGUCUCAACCUACAUUUACUGUAUUUAACAAUGAGUAUGUAGCACUAUUCACAAAUGAACUGCUUCCCACACCUACCCAUGGUAAAUAUAUACGUUGUCUGGGUUUUGUUUGAACUUUUUUAUAUUUAUAUCUUAAACUAGCUUCACUGUACACUGUCCGUAGGAAACAAUGGGCCUCGUUUAUCAAUCUUUUACUGAAGUCGUGUGUAAAAGUUUGUGUAAGGGGAAAACCGAAAUAAAACUUAAUAAAAAUAAAGCUUCAGAAACGCUGACUUUCUUCAUAAUGGCAAAUCGGCCAUAAUAUGAGUGGGCACCUGCACGGCAAAGCUGAUUUUAAGUUUGCUGACGCCCACAAAACGCCGUAAAAUGGGGAGUUGCUGGGGAGCGCUGAAAUGGGCAGUGAACAACAACUACAAGAGACUUUCUCACAGGUAGAAAUGGAAGUUAUUUUGAGCCGCGUCUGUGCCAAUAAAAUAAAAAUACAUAUUGUUCAACAGCUCCUAAAAAGGCCAAAGUCAGUAACCGAAUGACAGAAAAGGUGAAUGUGAUGUGAAUUAAGUGAAAGUGGAGGAAAUAUAUCUACUGUACUGUACCCAGGUGAUCAUGAACACCAAGCACAUCUCACAGGGAAACUGAAUUUUUUAUUUUUUAUUUUUUUAAUUCAAAGCGAGGCGUCUCGUCGACUGUUGACCAACAAUCCCUCACACACCAAAGCACGCUCCUGGAUGCCAUGCUGGAAAAGCAGGAGUGUGUAGGAAGCCUGAUGUUGGCACGCAGAACAUUAGGGAGGUAUACGGCACAUCACAGCUUGAGACGUACCAGAUCGCUCACUUAUCGCUCACUUAGUGCUGGCUCUAAUAAAGUGUUGCACAGCAUUAAAAGAAAUGCCUACUGAUUGAAAUUGAGAGCACAAUCCGUAUAUAAAAGUGCAGUAAUCCAUGCACACGAUACGAUCUGAAGCCGAUCGGCUGAGGUUUACGUUAGUUGCGCGGAUUUACACACACGUGCUCCUACAAACGAUUUGCAAGAGUCCAGCUUGAUAAAUGAGACCCAAAUGUUUGUCCCAGUGGAUUUAUGAAAAAUGUAUGAUUUUUUUUGUUUGUUUGUUUACACUUCUCUUCGGUGUCUGUGAGAUUAUUUUAACAUGCUAUGAAGCUCUUCAGGCAGCAAGUCGUCUAAACUCAAGUCCGUUUGUGCUUUUUUUCCUCCGCUUCAUUUCAAAGUAGUGCUGCUGAUGACCUCCCUGCUUAUGAUUAGCAAAUAUUGAAUUGUUUCAAUUGUUCCUUUUUUUUUAUUCUUUAUUACUCAAUAUGCAUUCAGUGAGCUCCAAAACAAUAUUAGACCAUGACGCUUUGUUUUGGAUUUUAACUGCGUGAACCAUUUAGACCAGUUUAAGAUUGUAGUUGACAUUUGCAGUAAAUAUCAUUCCACCAGCAGGGCUAAAAAGGAAAAAAAAAGCUAAACAAUCUUUUCAUUUAAUUUUUAAGUGAUAAAGAUGUUUUCCACCUGUAUUUCAUUUCAUUUACAUUCACGUUUAUGGCCCUGAGCAGAUGAGGGUUAAGGGCCUUGCUCAAGUGCCCAACAGUGGUAGCUUAGCAGUGCUGUAGGCUUGAACUCUUGAUCUUCUGGACUCCUUGAACUUCUGAUCAGUAUCCCAGAGCCUUUAACCAGUGUCCAUUUCUGAUUAUUUCAGCUUCAUUAGGUCCUGCUGUCCUUCCACUGAUCCGCCUAUAAUUUACGCGCUCGGACACUAAUAGCAGACUCUAGAUAACGGCCAAAUGUAUCACAGACUGCAAAUGAUCACCACAUAAAUUAGCAAGGCUAAAAAAAUUAAAAUAAAAAAAAAACAA